AUGGGCUCAUGCCACUUGUCUGAUCAUAAAUGCAUUCAUACAGGGGAAAAACCAUAUCAUUGUGAUAUCUGUGGUAAAUCAUUCUGUAAAAAUGGCACUUUAACUAAACACAAACGCAUUCAUACAGGAGAGAAGCCAUUUCAUUGUAAGAUCUGUGGCAAAUCAUUCAUUGAAAGUGGUCACUUAAAUAAGCACAAGCGUGUUCAUACAGGAGAGAAACCAUAUCAUUGUGAUAUCUGUGGUAAAUCAUUCUCUGAAAGUGGUGACUUGACUGUCCAUAAACGUGUUCAUACAGGAGAGAAGCCAUAUCAGUGUGAUAUCUGUGAUAAAUCAUUCACUGCAAACAGUGACUUGACUAGACACAAGCGUGUUCAUACAGGAGAGAAGCCAUAUCAUUGUGAUAUCUGUGGUAAAUCAUUCUCUGAAAGAGGUGUCCUAACUAAACACCAGUGCAGGAUAGAAACCAUAUCAUUGUCAUAUCUGUGGUAAAUUAUUCUCUUUCAGUAGUCAAUUGUGUAGACAUAAACGCGUUCAUAAUGGGGAAAAUACCAUAUCAUUGUGACAUCUGUGGUAAAUCAUUCUCUGAAAGUGGUGUCCUAACUAAACACCAGUGCAGGAUAGAAACCAUAUCAUUGUGAUAUCUGUGGUAAAUCAUUCUCUGAAAGUGGUGU